AUGGAUGGCUUCGCCUAUUUUUAUUUGAACAAUGCGCCCAGACACAAUAGUACUGCCUAUCGCCAGUCGCUGGGUACUACUUCUGGCCAUGUGAAUCCUCCUCCCCAGCACUCCUCGCCCUCUUCUCCUCCUGCUUCUCUCCCAUCCUCGCCUCCAACAUCGCCGCUUCCGCUGUCCCGCUCUACUUCGCCUUUUCGCAGAUCACGUCGCAGACGACCCUCCGCUGCAACCACUACCUCUGAUCCUCUUUUCGACCUCUACAGAAAAGACUCUGCUUCUUCAGAAGUGACAACAAAGCCCGGAGAUAUGGAAGGAGCAACAAUUCGCGAACAACGGCAGGCCACAAGCGGCAGCAUUUCCUCUGCCGCGAGCAGCUCUCACAACUUGCUUGCCAACCCCUUCGAACUACGUCACGGCCAGAUUCAACGCCAGUCGUUGCGAACACUGCUCGGCGUCACUAUCCUCGGCAAGCCGUCAUGCGUCCCGAAUAUCGCAAAAGAUGUACCCAAAAGAGUCUUGGAGUUAGGUUGUGGAAGUGCGUUCUGGACGGGUAGUUGCCACGAGUGGUUUUCUAGCCUAGGACACCCCAAUGUCGAGUUUACAGGACUGGACUUUGCGCCGCUGGCACCGGAUCUUCGACGACAAGGAGUAAACUGGAACUUCAUACAACACGAUUUCCGACGCUUCCCUUGGCCGUUUGAGAAUGAUCAGUUCGAUUAUAUUAUGCUGAAAGACUUGUCUUUGACAGUACACAUGGGUCUCGAGACGCAGCGCUUUAUGGACGAGAUAAUGCGCAUCCUGGCUCCUAAAGGCACACUCGAAAUUUGGGAAUCAGACCAUGUAUUGCGCUGCUUGCUACCACAACCACUACCGCCUAAAGGCAUGACGGCAGAAGAAGAGAAGACAUGUCGCGACACGAAAACCUAUCUCAUCUCCACAGCCACACCCUUUGCACCGGCGCAAAACAGAUACAUCGCGGACUCCAACACCUGGAUUCACACUGCUCUUGACAAGCUCAAUCUGCCCUCUUCACCCUGCACUCGUAUGGCCGAGAUCCUGUACCAAGAAACAGCCCUCGUAGACAUUACUUCCCGCCGCAUCGCCAUCCCCCUGGGCCAGAUGCGCUGGGAAAAGGAUUCGGAGGGCAAGCUCAUCCGCUCAGGCAGCAGCGGCAACCUUUUCGGCACCGUCUCGCCCAAAGCAAGCAAACCAAAAGCUAGUGGUGAAGCAAUGCUCACGGAUGACCAAGCCGCCGUGCGCUCCACAGCCAUGCUCACCGUGAUUCAAAAGAUUGAGUCUUUGGAACCGUUGCUCAAAGAGGCCAGUGGCAAGAAUGCUGAAGAGUGGACGCGAUGGUGGGCUGGUAUGAUGACUUCACUGCUUGAUCAAGAGAACAGUGGAGGUGGCAGUGAGGUUCUGGAAAUUGGCGCUUGGUGGGCCACUAAAGAAAGUUCUUGA